AUGGCUUCCUCAGAGAAUGUUUCGUUAAUUUGCAUUUGUGAUCAUGUUAAACGUCACCCCAACCAGAGUUUUCACAUUAACCUUGAUGCUUCCAGCUACAAUGCUCUUAUCAAACCUUUGAUCGAGUGUUUGAAGUUCUCUCCAUUGAUGAAAGCACUGACAAUGUCUGUAGAUGUUCCUCUUGUUUAUCUCUCCAAAGCUUUCUCAAAUGUGAUUUACAAUAAGUCUGAAGAAGUCAUCUAUGUUGAAGUUUCAAGCCACAAAACAUCAAUUACAAAAGCCAAUUUCUACAAACUUCUAGGGCUUGUUACAUCUAACAUCAGUUUUGAUCCUAACUCAAUUCCUGCCACAAGCUUAAUCAAGAUGUUCUUCCUAAUGGGCUACACUGAAGUCGAUCGGAAAGGGUUUUGGGUUCUAACAGUGCGAGCAAGCUCUUUUAUACCUAGAUCUACCGCCCUUCUUCAUCACAAGGUUCCUCAGAUGAAAAAUUCUCUUAUUGCUGAAAUUCCGACCCUUCGAACCACAAAAUUUGUCAUGUCAGAUCCCAAGAAUUUUGAAUUUGUUGGAUCAAUUCUGGAAGUAUUGUUGAAGAGAGUUUCAUUAGACAACGUCAUUAUCAGGGCUUAUCAAAAAUUUCCCUCUUUUGGUGUUUGUCCCAUCCCUGCGGAAUUAAAGAAAGUUGUUGAUGAAGGUGACAAAACGAAAUGA